AAAAGAUGUAAUUUUUCUUCAACACGAAGUUCAAGACGAAGAGUGACGAGAGACGCCGUUGUUGCGCACGACCAGCAACUGUAACUGAGUAGCCUAGAAGUCGAGAACCACGACACUAAAUAAAGAUGUCUACCGCGGCCCCGUCCGGACCCGGUCCGCACCAACAUCCUCCGAUGGACCAAUCACCCCCGACCGCCCCGAGUCUCCCGAACCCCAACGCGCAAGCUCCAGUUCCGGACGGUGGACCGCAGAAUGUUAACCAACAGUCCGGUUCCAUUCUCUCCUCCCCCGCAUUUUUCAACGCGAAUAAUCUACAAAACAAGCCUAUCCCACGAAAAAAGUGUUACAGUUACACAUUUGUAGUGAAUUUAGCAACACAAAUUUCUCUGCAUGAGAGAGAGAACUUGUAAUGCAGAAAUCCUACGGGAAAACACCUAUAAAACGAAUCUCCUAUGCAUAUCCGGCAUGACAGAGCUUGUCUGUCUUGCUUGGCCUGCAACGCAAUGUGUAACUGUAACACUUUUUUCUUGCGAUAAAGCCCCCCCUUCACAGCUUCAGCCGGUGCCGCCAGGGCAGCAACAUGCUGUACAUUUGCAACCUGGGGCCACAGAACGGGCAGGCGCAGGACAUCGUGCCGUAUGCACUGCAAAAGUAAAAGUAUCGUACUCGUAUAAAUGCAUUACAAAUUUUCUCAGCAUGAGAAAUAAAACUUGUGAUGUGGAUUUACCUUGACGAAAAGAUUUAUAAUGCAUAACUGCAAUACCAAUACGAGUACGAUACUUUUGCACAGGAUAUACCGCUGAUGACGUCGAUUUCUGGUUCCCAGGUCGAGCACAUUUCGCUGGCCACGAAUAGCUUCAACAAAAAACCUCUGCUGGACUCGGAACUGAAGGCGCCCGGAUACGUAAACUUUUUUUUUGGGGUUCUGCUAGCUUAGUUUUGCUUCGAGAGAGACUCUUUUCCCCUGGUAAUUAUGCACACUGAAAGAAAUCGUAAUCGGAUUUGCAAAAGUAGAACCUCUGUAAAAAAACCACCAUCAACCAGGCCUUUGUGAAGCUUUCUUCCCGGUUCGCGGUGCAGCAAGCUGCGGCGAAAUUCAAGCUCGGAAAUUCGUUUUGCUUCCCGGUGAACCCCCAGAACGACUUCAAAACGCCACUCAUCUACAACGCACAGUGGAGCGAGCACAUCGCUCCCGACGGGACCAGUUACUACUAUCGUAUGAAAAAAGUGUUUCACUGUAAGGAUUUUGCAGGUUUCACAUCACAAGUUUGAUCUACAUGACAGAGAAAAUUUGCCAUGCAAGCUUCCUAUAGGGAAAACACAGCUAAAAAUCCAGUUUCUUGCAUGUGUAGCAAGACAAAUACUUCUGUGCUCCAUUUUAUGCAUCACAAGUUUACAGUGAAACAGUUUUAUUUUCCUGUGAUAAAUACUACGACUGCUUCAAUGGCGAGUCGACCUGGGCUUUGCCAUAUCCUGUGCAAAAGUAUCGUACUCGUAGUAAUCGCAAACAUGCAUUACAAAUCUUGCUUUUAAGGCAAAUCAGCAUUACAAAUUUCAUUUCUCAUGCUGAGGAAAUUUGUAAUGCAUUCAUACGAGUACGAUACUUUUGCACAGGAUAUGCCACCGGUCCUCGGCAUGCUGUCGCACGCCGCGCAGGAUCCAAACCACGCCAGUUUGAAGAAGGUCCAACUGAGCCCAGCGACGUUGAUCAACCCGAGGAAUAAUAGCGAACUGGGGUUGAACGCCCAGUUUCGCUCCUUAUUCGUUUUCGGAAUACCGGUCACGUGGAGCGCAAUCACGCUGGAGAACGCAUGCCUGGAGGCAUUACUGCUACCACCGCCUGGCGCAGCAGGAUCGACGUCCACUACCAGAAGAAGUAAUUUUCAACUCGCAUCGGCCGUAGCGCCACCCACUGCGUUUUCUACCGUAGCAAGAAAUGCAGCAGCAGUUGGUACUAGUAAUUCUUCUGCAGAUCAUCAUCCUGCUGUUGCAACCGCGACGCCGGCAUCAACUGGAAAAUCCGGUAAGGCUAAAGCGGCGAAAGCGAAAAACAAGGCGAAGGCAAAGGCGAAAAAUAAAGCGGCGAACAAAGCGUCAGCGUCUGCGUCGAGUCAACAACAACGAGGAGAAUACUCCGCCUCUGCGUCGCAGAAUAAUCUGCAGGAACAAUCGAAAGCGUCUUCCUCAACUUUUCGGGAGCGGUCGCCGAAACGAGAGCAGAUGCUAGUGUCGAUAAAUGCUGGCUCGUUUUCGCCGACGAACAAGGCGUUUUUCAUGAAUUUGCGGAACCCGAAUCCGGCAACGAAGAAACAUUUGAAGGUGAUUUUGCAAUUCGACGAUAACAACACCUGUCACUGCGGGUUCGGUUACGUGGUGUGCGAUACGCGGCAGGACUCGGAAAAAAUUUUGGAAAGGUUGCACAACCGGUUUGAGGAUGGGAGGUUUUUGGUUGUGGAAAGGUUGAAGAUAUGACGAGUCCUCGGGUUGAUUGUGUUUUCUGCACGUCGUUUCUCUUUCACUUUCUGCAUCUACAUCUAGUCUACAACUGCCGAUCCAAAGUUUCUUUCCAAUUGAUUUUUGCGUGGCCAUGUUGAUCAUGAAGAUCUGGCUGCAGUAGACUAAAAUUUGUCAACAUUGCACAGCAACAAGAACAAGUAGAAUACUUUUUCAAAAAGGCAAACUUGGGAAGAAAAGCGCUGUCCGGUCGUGAUAGUGCCGAGCUGCUUUGACCAGACACUUUUUCCGGGGAAGUGUAGCCAGAAUAGUGAAGACGCUAAGCCUACUUAGUACCUUUGGAGCGAUGUAGCUCCUGCAUGCCCUGAUGCAACACGAUGUACCUUACCUCUUGAAGCACAAAAAUUUUGUCGCAAAAGAAUGCCG